GUGACGUAGCGCCCCGCCCCGCCCCGCCGUGCCCCGUCACGGGCUGCUGCUGCGGCGGUUGGGGCGCUCGCCGCCGCCCCCCGCGUCUCGGCCGUUAGAGCGGGGCGGCUCUCGCGAGAGGCGGCGCCAUGGGGGCGCACGGCGUCGCGGCGGUGUUCUUCGACUUGGACAACACGCUGGUGGACACGGCGGCGGCCGGGCGGCGCGCCGUCGAGGAGGUGGUGAACGCGCUGCAGUCGAAGCACCGCUACGGGGAGGGGGAAGCCCGCGCCAUCUGCGACAGGGUGCAGGCCAAGCUCCUCCAGGAGUGUCACGACCCCGCCACGACGUGCAUCACCGACCUGCGGAUUUCGCACUGGGAGGAGGCGAUCCAGGAGACCACCGGCGGCGAGGUGAGCCGGGAGCUGGCCGCCGAGUGCUAUUUCCUGUGGAAAACCACCCGCCUCCGCCACCUCACGCUGGCCGAGGACACGCGGGACAUGCUGACCGAGCUGCGGAAAGGGCUCCGCUUGCUGCUCUUAACCAACGGCGACGGGCAGACGCAGAGGGAGAAGAUCGAGGCGUGCGCCUGCCAGCCGUACUUCGAUGCCAUCGUUGUGGGGGGCGAGCAGAAAGAGGAGAAACCGGCGCCAUCCAUAUUUCGUUACUGCUGCGAUCUCCUGGGGGUGCAGCCCGCAGAGUGUGUUAUGGUUGGUGACUCUCUAGAUACAGAUAUUCAAGGAGGCCUGAACGCUGGCUUGAAAGCAACUGUCUGGUUAAACAAAGCCGCGACCACCCCCGUAGAUAUCUCCCCGGUCCCUCAUUAUAUUAUUUCUUCUGUUCUGGAUCUCCCAGCAGUUUUACAGAGGAUGGGGCACAACAUGAGUGCUAAGUUAGGAACUGACCAUACAGCUAGUAAUAAUGAAGCACGCUGAUGGUUCCAGCAUACAAUCAGAGACGUGGUGAACUGUUAGGUGACUCAUGCUCUUUUGCAAAAUUCGACCCUAGGAUUCUGAACUCAUGUAUGGCAUGCUUUCUUAAACAGCAGGUGGAUGAAUAAGAGCACAGUUGUCGGUGAAAAAGAGGAUAGAGACAAAGAAUUAAUUUAAAAGAUGCGAGUGCAGUUAAUUUAAAAUAACUGCCUCUGUGACAAACUAUUGCUAAAGUCUGUCUGUCUCUGACCUAAGGUGCCAGUCUCUUGUUUUGAUGGUGGAAAAGAAAAUGUGAAUGUUUUGAUCUUUCGCAUGCUUUGCUGACUUGUAAGUUUAGUGGAAGCUUCAGUUCAAACCUUGUUUGCAGUGUGUAAAAGAAGGUGAGAGAGUGUGGUACAAUCUGGUAAAUCACAACCGAUCAGCAGUUUAUCUCAGGAACUGGAGUGAAUUUUGCCAUUUCUAAAACCAGAAUUUAUUGACAGAAUUUAUUAUGUACCAGACCAUUGGAAAAAUACUCUGCCUUUGAUCUUUUUUCAAGUUUUAUAAUUUUUUUCAGACUUUGCAGUGGCUUUUCUUUUGUGGAAUCUGUACCUCUUGCCAAAAGUACUUAAAUGUACAUUAAAAAUCUGCAUUUCUAUAGGGGACCAUUAUCAGAGGGAUUCGAUGGAUAAGUUUUUUACUUUAUAUUACCUUGGUGCUUAUGCAGGUAUGCAGUAUACUUGUAAUUCAGAUGAUGAUUUUUGUUGGAAUGUAAUUGAUAAAACAGGGAUAUUUUCAAUGGUCUUAGUGUACAGUUAAGCUAUUUAAAAGCUAAUAUUACUGUUCUGUCUGAUUUUAUUGGUGAAUUUUGAUCAGACGUUUUGGAGAAGCCGUUCUCGGUCUUGCUCAGGUGUAUGCCUACUUGGAUGCAGUUGCAGGAUCAGUGCUUUUUUUGACUGUUUUAAUGGCACUGCUGUACAAUCCCUCCUUACUCCAGUUUCUACAUGUAUUUCAUAUGUUUUACUCUGGGGAAAAUAGGAACUAGUUGUUUGUAAAUGGCUUUCAAGACUCUCUUCCAGGAAAUUGGAAAAUUAUGUCUUGUAUUAUAGUAGAAAUAUAUAUAGAUUAUAGAAAUAUAUAUAGAAAUAGCACAAACAACUUUAUGUGUAUGUGCUAUUUCCACUAGAUGCAGAUGACUCUAAAACACUAAGAUUUCUCUUUCCCAGGUCAUUAUUUUAAUAAUUUAAUUUUUCUCUACUCUAUAUUUUUACUGUAUAAUGGUGAAGUACUCACAUACUAAAUGGAAAUGUAAGCAUUUGUUGGAAAACCUGUGUUUUCCAAAUCCUAUUUGCUAUAUAUAUACACAUUGGUCUGAAUAGCUGACUGUAUAUGAACAAUCAAAUUUUAUAUUUUAGAAUAAAUCCAUGACAAAUCUUUUGAGAACAAAGAUAUUGAGGUGCUGGGAGGAGAGUGUCUGGCAUGUGAGUAGCAAUAAAAGAUCAGGAAAAAGUACAGAAACCUACCAGGUAAUGGGGUUAUAGAAGGAAUCCUAUAUACAAGAGAGGUUAUUUUGUUUAACUUGAGAUUAAUUUAAGUUAAUGAAGUUAAGUCUUGCACUGGAUGGCAGAUUAAGUUUAGAGGAGGCUGUUACUGAUCUGGGUUAAAUUAUUUGGCAAAAAGUUUAGGUUGCAUCAAAGUACUGCUCCUACAUUGGUGGUAGGGGAGGGAGGGGGAAGGAAAUACUCAUUGAAGUUUGAACCCCCUUUCCUCCAUUUGUCCCUUAAAAAAGGUAGAGCAGUCCAGGUUCAUCAUGUUACCUAGCCAAGACCUUUGAGACAUCAGGAUUGAUGAAGAGAAUAGAGGCAGGCCCCACCUCUACCUUUGAGGAAAUGGGCAUAUGCUAAAAAUGAUCUAAUUACCGUGGUAUAGUAAGUUUCCGCAUGUAACAUGAGCCAGUGGGACUGACUUGACGCACCUUUGUUACUGAAGUAAGAGGCCUAAGGUAAGAUUUUAUUUUGCUUUUGGAAGAGCAUGAAAACAGUCACUGGUUUAGCUGAUGAGCAAAGCAUUGCUUAAUAACACUCCUUACAACUAAGGUUUGAGAGAAAAAUAAUAAACAUCAUUGAGCCUAUGAGGAAUAUUAUGUAAAAAUAGAAGUAUCCAAAAGGUUAGAUGGAUCCCUGAAAAGAAAAUGUAUUCGAAGUAAUCCUUUUUAACCAUAUGUCUGAUACAAAAGCACCAACUUUGCUUACAACAGCAUCCCAAAGGAGCUGUGGUAUAACAUUGCAUUCUUUGCACAGCAUCAGGGUAAUAGAACUCAGGUCAGAAUGAGGUUUCUAAUACAGCUGAGAUUUAAAAUAAAUAGUAAUAAUUCACAAUUCUGCCUGUGGACUUGAAGGAGAUAUAUAUAUAGAUAUAUAUGCCAGGUUACCAUUUUUAAAUAUAAGUUGAGGCUCAUAUUCUUUUGCCACUGCAUCGUUCUGAAGUGGGAUGCUGAGCCUGCUUCUUGUAUAAAGGGUCUCUUGUUUCAGAAGAGACUGCUCUUUGUUUUGCUUAUGGCCAGCUGUUUUCUUUAUGAAUCUAUUAAAAAACACUGUAACUGAACACUCGGGUGACAGUGUGGUCUGUAGAGGCCACAUAUAUUUUUUUUCCACUGCUGAGUACUGUACCAGGCUGGGUGUGACUACCAGUGUCCAGAGAGGGCAAUAGUGUUAGGAUGCUUUUAUAAAAAAAGAAGAAACAAUAGAAGGGAUUUCUCUAUCUAGGGGUGGUCUUCGAAGCAGUUACCCAAUAAGCUGGAUUGGGUACCUGGAGUAUCCCUGAAUACUCAAGAUGCUUUUCUUGGAGCUCUUACAGAAAGCCUAAUGAAAAAUAAUUAACAAAAUGGAAACAUAAAUGCAGUGAUGAGAUAAUUUUCACAUCAGAAGCAGGAAUAGAUCAAUAAAGCAGUCUAUAUUCAGUUCCAGUUAAGUUCUGGUUUUGUUUAGUGCUAUACUCUAUUAGCUAAGUUGUCUAGUUUAAAUUAUAUUGCCAAAACAUGUUAAAUAAAAAGAGGAAAAAGUGAUUCAAUCUAUAUUUUUAAAAGCCCCCCCCGUUUUUUUUUCCAGAUAAAUACCUCCUGAGGUUAAUUUACAGUAACUUUGAAUUUAGUAAAAUGAACUGAAACAAGAGUUUAAUACCAACUGUAUUUUAAUUCUUGAUUUAAAAUAACCCAUGUACUAGUCCAAUAAAAGUAUUUUGUUUAUAAAGCAUUUAACACUCCCUAUUGCUGUGGAUAACUAUGUGACCAGGUUUACAACAAAGGGCAAGAGUUCUGUUUGUCUUUUAAAAUAGCACGGAAUUAGGCUUUAAAAUCUGUGACCUCAUGUUCAGAUGUGGUGCAUGGGUUUAGUUUCCAUCAUUUCAAGCAGAGGCUGGAACAGAAUUACGUAUUGAUGAAACUUCUUGGCUGGACUGUGUCCGUUGAAUUCCUAACUGCAGGUCGUUGCUAGUUGAACUUGACAAGCUGCAUGCCAGCUCAGAUAUGCCUCUGUGUCAUGGCACAGAGCGCAAAGCAGGUAAAUACAGUAAAUCUCAAGUCAAGGGGACCCAUUUCAGUAUGUUGUGGAUGCACAAAGCCAUACCUGAGCUAUUGCUACGCUCACCUCUGUGUGACUUUGGAGAGGGGAGGGUGGGAGGUUGCUCGCCUCAUCGCGCUCUCAGGUGCAGAAGAGCAAGCUGUCCCCUGAUAGUUUUCUGCUGGGUAGUGGAACAAAUCGUCCAUCUUCCAGACCUGUGGAGAUAGAUGGAGAGAGGUGGCAAAGUACUUAAAGGUUCCUCUAGACGAGGGUAGGGUGUCAAAGUGAGUAAGGGGGGACUCGGCCUCUAUUGCGGGUGUUUGGCUGUGCCAGCCAGCUCUCUGAGGUAUCAGAGGUUGGCACAGCACAGCAUCUCUGUUCCUGAUGAGGAAGCUUUGUACAUGUCAGGCGUUAGGCUGGACAGUGACAGCCUCAGAAAUGAGGACGUUUUCUUAUGUGCUUGAAAAAAAACUUCAGCACAAAGUUUGAGUACUUAGGUGGUGACCCAAAUGGUCUAUACGGGAGAUAAGUACCUUUCAUUAGAAUACUAAGUUAAUGAAAAGAGAUAUAAGGUGUUUGGAUGGGGUGGCAGCCAAAGGUUUUCAUAUUUCCUGAAAUACAGGCAACACACAGCUUCCUGUGCCCCAGCUAACCUGAACCAGUUCUAUUUGUCUUUUCCUCUGAAGCUUCUGUCACCUGACACCACAAAUAAUAGGGCUUUCAACUGAAGUAGUCUGAUCCCUCACAGCAAUUCCUCCUGUUCACAUACGUAGGGAUUCUUUUCUCAACUUCAGCUCUGUAAUGUGGGGAUUUUUACUCCCAGGUUACCUUGAGACCUUUAAAUGAAAUUUAAAAUCCUACCUUGAUUCUAUACUGACAAAACUCAUCUGGAAAUCAUUUGAACACACUGAGAAGUACAACAAAUAGAAACGCAAUGUAUCUCUGCUGUACGUAGCGGUAUACUGUUCUUUUGUGCACAGCUUUUACUAUCUGCCUUGCAGUGGGAUUGUCUCCAUUAUAACUCGCUUUCUAGAUCACGCUGUGCACGUACAAGAGACAUAACAAUGCAGAGAUGAUGUCAGCUGUGUCUAAAGCAAAAACUGCAACUUUCUGCCUAUGUUGCAAGGGACCUAGACACAGAGAAUCACAUUGCCUGCUCCAUAUAGCAUAUUCUGACCUUUUAUUCCAUCUACUAAAAACAAGGUUGCAUGAGUGCCUUCUGCUAAACGGUCCUCAAAUGCCAGAAAAAAAAGAUGUGUUUUAAAAAAUAUGACAUUAAAUUAUGGUGCUUACAUAUGAAAUGUCAGUCCCUUGGAAGUGCAAGCCGUGUUUCUCAAGUCAACACCUAACCAAAGACUAGAUGAUACCUUUGCAUAGGGUCUCAUUUAACAUGGGAAAAUGUUGCCGUUUACAUCAGUGGAACUUCACAAGGUUAAGUAAAAUUUGUAUGCUCAUUGCUGUAAGUUCACCUGCAAAUGACUUCUGCCUUCCACUCACUUCUCCCCCCAGCUAACUGAUCACCAUCUAUUUCAUCGGUUGCAUUUCUGUAUCUUUCUGAAUCACAAUGGUAUCCAGCAUUUGGGACAAAGUUUGCAGAGGACUGCAAUAAAAAAUAAUGGAAGAGCGCCAGCUUUUGUAGCAAGAUCAUGUUAAGUACAUACAUUUAGUACCAGCUCCUUGGCAGCUGUGUACUGCAAGCGUGUGUUUGGCUGUGUUUUAAAUGGUCUUUCCUACAAAGAAGCUUCCAUUCUUAUCACACAGAGUAGGCAAAUUUGUAAAAAAAAAAAAAAAAAUUUAAAAAUGCAGGGGGGAAAAAAGCCUCCAAACAAAAUCCUCUGUUAGUCACCUGUAGAUAUCAAGGUUUAUAAGACAAGUUUAAAAUACCACAUCUGAGAUACUUUUCUCCGUUUCAAAAUAUAUGUUGAUGAUUAGUUGACUUAAGAAGUGAACAUUGUGAAGAAAGCAAAAAAAUACUCAUCGUUUCAGCAGUUUUCCACUAUCUGUUCAGCCUGUUUACCACUGUCUGUCAUAAUUCUUCUGUCAACUGUAGUCAAGAACAACUUUGUCACACUGAGAAAAUCCAACUUCUUUGUAUUUUGGAAAUAACAUUGCCAGGCAACAUGGAAGAAACUAUGUAUGUAGCUUCAACUACAUUUUAAUAUACAUUUUAUUUAAAGUAUUUAAGGUACUAAUGCACAUUUUUGUUAAGUUCUUUUUAUUUUUAUUUUUUUUUUAUUUUGCCCUGGAAAUGUUUACUUUGCUGUACCAUCAAUAUUGAAAAAUGCAGUAAAAUACGGCGCCAGUAAGGUAUGGAGAUGUGUCUGAGUUCAUAUGUCUGUGAUCAUCUAAGAGCUAUGCUUUAGAUCAAGUAUUUAGGAAAUUUUUUUGUACUUCUCAGUAAUUCUAGGAAGUCACUUAGAAUAGUUAUGGCUGGGUUUCCCCAGAAAAUAAAAAAAAAAAAAAGAUGGAAAGCAUGAAAAUGAAGUGGAAAGCAUUUCAAUUUAUCUCGCUUUCCAGCCAAAACCCAGCCUGGUGAGCAUCAGAUGAGCAAAUCGUGAUUUACUUGUGGUGUUGCUGUCUCUGCUCAGUGGUACUGCAUUCAGGCAGAUGUGGGAAGACCAUUUUCCUGAGGCAGCGACCAGUGUAACGAAAAGGUCCAACUGGAAGCGAAACCAUUAUGUGUCAAAAUAUAUCAAUUACUCAGAUACAUAUUUUAUCAGUUCUUCUGCUAUGUGAAUAUUAAGAAUCUCAGUAAAUUCUCUUUUAUUCUUUUCAUGAAUUAAUCCAGCAAGUAUCCUCAAGGUUAUGGUGCUGCUUUCAUUGGAGCACUAAUGUGUUGUAGGUCUGUCUGAUAAAGUUGGGUUUAAAGGUUUCCUCUGUCCUGCUGGUUGGAUGAUCUUUGCUGUUAACGAUGUGGCCUGUUAUAUCUCACUGGGGUUAGGAUUUAUCAGGAAGUCUGCAGUGGAUGGAGUGACAGCCUUUGUUUUCCAAACUGUUGAUGCCUUCUAUUGUGUUUUGUUUCAGACAUUUAAAUGAGAAGGGUCCUGAAUGUUCUAAGUCCUUUUUUCCCUUUCAGGAAGUAAAUGCAUAAACAACACAAACAGAUUGUUUAUUUUUCUUUCAGUAAAUGUAACAGGGUAAAAAAUUCUUUUUUGCUUCCAUCCCUCUCAUCUGGAAGUAUUUUAAAAGGUACCUAAUAACUUGAUGUCUAAACUACUUUGAUAUAUAUGUUAUCUUUAUCCUGUUACUUUGUGAAAUGUUGUCUGUCUCAUUUAAAAACUGCUAUUGCUGCAGCCAGAGCUUCAUCUUAGUACUGGAUUAUUUUAGUUUUACACUCUAUUUCUAUGCUGUAUCUCAAAAUGCAAACAAGCCCCUACCUUAGAGAUAUUUUACUUUGAGAUAAAUCUACCUAGUUAACAAUUUCUUUUUAUUUUUAAUAUUGUGCCACCUGUUUGAUGAUGUUCUGUCCUUCCCGUUUCUUUUCUGUAGAGCAGCAGUGUUGGUGCAUAAUUGCAGGGUGAGCAGCAUGCGAUAGGUGCAUGCAAAAUGUGGAGGAAAAAACCUUUUAGCUUCUAACAGCCUGUGUUGGGAUUUGCAUUCCCAACAUUUUACAAGAAUUGGAAGUUUUUAGGUUGACUUAAUAGCCUUCUCUGCAGCUUACGUUCUGUCACUGGUGAACAAUGAGCAAAGAAGAUGCUUUUGAAUAAUGCAUAAUAAUUUUAUAAUACAUUGUCAGGAAAAACUGUAAUUGGCCUGGAUUCUCCAUUUUAGUGCCACAGUACAGCUGUUCAGGUAUCAGCAGGUUCAUGCUGGCAUAAAACAUUUUAAGAAUAUUCAAAGACAGGCCUGACUGGUUUUCUAUUUCUGUGUUCUAUUGCGAAGGACAAAUGCUGUAUUUGGGGUUGUAUGCACUUGCUCUGUAAUGGGGUUUGAUUAAGAAAACGGCUUUUUUUUCUGCAUUGCAGAGUGUUAAAGCAAUGUCCUUAAGGAGUCACAGUGCUGCUAAUAAACUAUCCUUUCCACAUUAAAAGAUGCAAAUGUAUUU